GGCCGCCGGGGAGGCUGAGGGGCGGGGCGGGGCGGGGGCAAGAGUGGCUUCUUUGCCUCGCUGUGCCCUAGCACCGCCCGGACACCGCGCGGGCCGCCGGCAUCAUGAAGAUCUGGACUUCGGAGCACGUCUUUGACCACCCAUGGGAAACUGUUACAACAGCUGCAAUGCAGAAAUACCCAAACCCUAUGAACCCGAGUGUGGUUGGAGUUGAUGUAUUGGACAGACACGUAGAUCUCUCUGGAAAGUUGCACAGCCAUAGACUUCUCAGCACAGAGUGGGGACUGCCUUCCAUUGUGAAAUCUCUUAUUGGUGCAGCAAGAACCAAAACAUAUGUGCAAGAACAUUCUGUAGUGGAUCCCGUAGAGAAAACGAUGGAACUUAAAUCUACUAACAUUUCAUUUACAAAUAUGGUUUCAGUAGAUGAGAGACUUAUAUACAAACCACAUCCUCAAGACCCAGAAAAAACUGUUUUGACUCAAGAAGCCAUAAUUACCGUGAAAGGGGUCAGUCUCGGCAGUUACCUCGAAGGACUGAUGGCAAGCACGAUAUCGUCAAAUGCCAAUAAAGGCCGAGAAGCAGUGGAGUGGGUAAUACAUAAAUUAAAUGCUGAAAUUGAGGAAUUGACGGCUUCGGCAAGAGGGAGCAUCAGGACACCAAUGGCAGCAGCAGCAUUUGUGGAGAAAUGAUCAUGAAAGUUGAUAACACCCAGUUCCCCAGGUCUCUACGAGCUGGCAGUAUAUUUAUUUGUUAUUUAAAAAAUACAUCUAUAUUUUCGGUAGAAUUGUUUUUUUAAUAAGCUGAAGGACUAUGUGACUUGAUCAAAACAAAGAGGUGCAGGGUUUCUAAAUAAAAGGGAUUGGCUGAAAUUA